AUGUGCCAAACCCUCCGCAACACCGCCAGGCGCCUUGCACCGGUGCGGUCAUCACAACAACUAUCCCGCGCCUUGACCACAUCCACACCACAAGCAUCGUUAUCCACCAGCAUUCCCCAAAGGACAAUGCGGAUAGCGACAUGGACACAGGACCUGAGCAUAUCCAGCAGGAUACCAAGUACACACUCUGCAGGGCAAACCUCGAGAUUUCUACACACCACGGCACCAAGACCCGCGCGCGUGCCACAGCAGCAGCAACAGCAGCAGCGGGGAGGAGGAGCACCACCACCGUCAGAAGAACGUCAGGGGGGCAGCCAGGGCACCGACAUCGGCAGCCUGGACGUGCUGGCCGACGCGCCGGAGCCCGAGUUCUCCGUCUCGGCGUGCCUGGCCGACGGCUUCCGGCUGGCCAACGGCACCACGGUGCGCGACUCGGGCCUGCUGCUGGUCGACGGCGAGGCCUUCUCCUGGCGGCCCUGGGGCGGCGACCAGCCGUCGUCGAACCUGAAGCUCGUCAACGCCAAGGGACAGUGGGAGCUCCCGAACCCCGAGGAGGCGCUGGCGCUGCUGGGUCUCGUGUGGCCCCGGCCCGACCUGCUGCUGCUGGGCCUGGGCGCCGAGAUGCGGCCGCUGUGCCCCGCCACGAGAAAGUUCAUCACCGGCCUGGGCAUCAGGGUCGAGGUGCUGGACACGAGGAACGCCGCCGCCCAGUACAACCUGCUAGCUACCGAGAGAGGCACGAGGGAUGUUGCUGCCGCGCUCAUUCCGGCUGGGUUUGGGCGUAGUGUCUGA